AUGAGGUCCAUCAUGGACCUCAAGCAUAACAUCCGCUCAAUGAGUGUGAUUGCUCACGUCGAUCACGGUAAGACCACUCUUACGGAUUCGCUUGUGCAAAAGGCCGGUAUUAUAUCCUCCAAGGCUGCUGGUGGCGCUCGCUACACCGAUACUCGAGCGGAUGAAGCCGAGCGUGGUAUUACCAUUAAGAGUACCGGGAUUUCCAUGUUUUUCGAAUACGACAUGAAGGCCGGUGAGAUUUCCGAGAAAUCAUACCUUAUCAAUCUGAUUGAUAGUCCCGGUCACGUUGAUUUUUCCUCCGAAGUUACGGCUGCUCUUCGUGUAACCGACGGUGCUUUGGUGGUCGUCGACACCAUCGAUGGAGUGUGUGUGCAGACCGAGACUGUGCUUCGUCAGGCCAUUGCGGAGCGUGUCAAGCCGGUGCUCAUGGUUAACAAGGUCGAUCGUGCCUUGCUUGAACUUCAACUCCCUGCUGAAGAGCUUUACCAAGCUUUUUGCCGUUCUAUUGAGUCUGUCAACGUGAUUGUCGCCACCUACAACGAUGAGUUGCUCGGAGACGUUCAGGUCCACCCCACCAAGGGAACGGUCGCCUUCGGAUCUGGUCUUCACCAGUGGGCCUUUACGCUCAAGCGUUUUGCUCGUGACUACGGUUCCAAGUUUGGCGUUCCGGAGGACAAGAUGAUGGAGAAACUCUGGGGUGACUGGUACUUUGAUGCCCCCCGUAAGGUCUGGACCUCGUCCGACAAGGGAGGCACCCUCGAACGCGCUUUCUGUCAGUUCAUUGCCACCCCGAUCACUAGUUUGUUCGAAGCCAUCAUGGCCGAGAAGGCCGGAAAAGUGAAGAAGAUGCUCAAGGCCAUCGACGUCGAACUUAAGGGAGAUGAGAAGGAGUUAGUCGGCAAGCAGCUUUUGAAGCGUGUCAUGCAAAAGUGGCUUCCGGCUGGAGACGCUGUGUUGGAGAUGAUUGUGUUGCACUUGCCUUCGCCCGCCAAGGCUCAACGUUACCGUGUCGAUACAUUAUACGACGGACCGCUAGACGAUGCCACCGCCACUGCCAUUCGCACUUGCGACACGUCGCCCAACGCUCCGUUGUGCAUGUACAUUUCCAAGAUGGUCCCCACGUCCGAUAAGGGACGUUUUUACGCCUUUGGGCGCGUCUUUUCUGGAACUAUCGCUACCGGACAGAAGGUCCGCAUCAUGGGUGCUAACUUUGUUCCGGGAAAGAAGUCCGAACUCUGGAUUAAGAACAUCCAGCGCACGGUCAUCAUGAUGGGGCGCUACACUGAGCAGGUCGCGGAUGUCCCUGCUGGUAAUACUUGCGCUCUCGUCGGUGUUGAUCAGUACUUGCUCAAAUCCGGUACCAUUGCCACCGCCGAAGAUGCUUGCCCUAUCAAGUCGAUGAAGUUUUCCGUCUCGCCGGUUGUCCGAUGUGCUGUCGAGCCCAAAAACUCGGCCGAUCUUCCCAAGCUUGUCGAGGGUAUGAAGCGCCUCGCCAAGUCCGAUCCCAUGGUUUUGUGCUACACCGAGGAAUCCGGUGAACACAUUAUCGCCGCCUCUGGUGAGCUCCAUCUCGAGAUUUGUUUGCAGGAUCUCCAGAAUGAUUUUAUGGGAACCGAAGUCAAGGUAUCGGACCCCGUUGUGUCGUUCCGCGAAACCUGUACCGAAAAGUCGAGCCAGACUUGUCUCGCCAAGUCAGCCAACAAGCACAAUCGUCUGUUUGUGGAAGCUGAGCCUCUCGGACCGGAACUUUGUAAGGCCAUUGAUGACGGUGACAUUAAGGCCGGAAACGAUGCCAAGAUCCAGGGGCGUAAGCUAGCUGACGAGUUUGGCUGGGACGUCUCGGAAGCUCGUAAGAUCUGGGCGUUCGGACCCGAAGGAACUGGCCCCAAUCUCUUCGUCGAUACCACUAAGGGAGUUAACUACUUGCUCGAAAUUAAGGAAUCUGUCGUUGGUGGAUUCGCUUGGGCUACCCAAAACGGUCCUCUCUGUGACGAACAACUGCGUGGGUGCCGCUUUAACUUGAUGGAUGUUGUUCUCCAUGCCGAUGCCAUUCACCGUGGUAUGGGACAGAUCAUGCCUACUUCGCGUCGUGUUUGCUUCGCGUCGAUGAUGGCCGGUGGUCCUGGUAUUUUGGAACCCAUUUACCUGUGCAAUAUUUCGGUCCCACAGGAUGCCAUGGGUAACGUGUACGGUGUGUUGACGCGCCGUCGUGGUCACGUUUUCACCGAGGAACAGCGACCCGGUACGCCGCAAAUGACUCUUUUGGCUUAUUUGCCCGUCAUGGAGUCGUUUGGUUUCACGGCCGAUCUGCGUUCCAACACGGGAGGAAAGGCCUUUCCGCAGUGCUCGUUUGAUCAUUGGGAGCCCAUGUCGGGAUCGCCGUUCGACGAGGGCACCAAGACCAACGAAGUUGUGGUGUCUGUUCGUAAGCGCAAAGGUCUUGCCGACGGUGUCCCGGAAGCCAACAAGUAUCUGGACAAGCUCUAA